AUGUUGAAGAUGGUGAGGCUACAGGCACUCGUAUGCCUCUUGUGUUUUCAAUUGGCCACAGCCCAGGGCUUUCGUGCGCUGAGACGAGACGAACAUUCCAUCUCAUCACCCACUGUGUCAUUAUCCAACCCACAGCCAAGUUCUCAGCACUCGGCUACCAAAAAGCCGGAUGACGAGCACAAACAAACAGACGGCCCUAAAGAGCCAACCAUCACAAAGGCUCCCGGGACAACUGCCUCUGCGGAGACGACAAUUCAAAUCACAACGACGUCGAUUGCUCCAGAGGCACCUCUCAAUAGCUCGACCUUGUUUAACACAACGAUCCCGGCCGGCCAUCUACCAAUCCAACCUACCAUAACUCCAGGAUGGGGUGUUGCCGGCGUCAUUUUGAUGCUCACCGGUCUUGUCUACACCCUAGUAGGCAUCAAAAAUCGAUGGAUUAACUGUUUCUUCUCGGCCGCCUUUAUCACUGCACUUGGAAUCUCGGUUCUUAUCGUCUACAUCAUGAAUGUCCCAGUCAGUCUAGGUAUUCAGGGAGCAUAUGUCGUUGCCGUUACCUUGUCUGGUUGUGCGCUAGGCGGAGCAUCACUGAUCUUCAAAGAUUUGACCGAAGGUUUGGGGUGUGCUCUGGGCGGCUUUUGCCUCAGUAUGUGGUUCCUCUGUUUGGCACCGGGAGGCUUGAUACACGAUACGAUCGGUAGGGCCAUUUUCAUCUCCUGCAUGUCUGUCGUUGGCUUCUGUUUUUAUUUCAGUCGCUAUACUCGGGAUUGGGCCAUGAUUUUCUUGAUGUCCUUUGGAGGCGCGACGGCCAUUGUUUUGGGCAUUGACUGCUACAGCAGAGCCGGACUGAAAGAAUUCUGGGCCUAUAUCUGGAAUCUCAAUGAUAACCUGUUCCCCCUCGGUGCAGACACCUAUCCCAUCACCAGAGGCAUUCGAGUCGAGAUUGCAGCCAUCAUCAUAAUCUGCUUGAUUGGAAUCGUUUCCCAAGUGAAACUUUGGAAAGUGGUUCGAGAGAAGCGCGAAAGAAAGGCCGCAAGUCUUGCUGAGAGCCGGAGAUACUUGGAGGAGGAAGAAGCGAUUGUUGGUCGCAACAUCGAAGCGCAAGCAGCAAGAGAACGAGUCGAGUGGGAAAAGGUCUAUGCAGGCAGAGUCCUGGUCAACAGCAAAAGUACAGCUUCACAAUACUCGGAUGGCACCGACGGUGCCAGCAACAGCAAGAGCUCUCCCGCUGGAUACUCUGGAUCUGCCUAUACAGGCCUCAAAGCUGAUGGUAUCGAGAUGGCAGACCUUUCAGACUCAAGUGCUGCACAUACUGGGUCAGAUGGGCUUGCGUACUCCGAAAAAGCUAAGGGCGUCAAGGUCAUGGUGCGAGUGGCUGCAGAUGAAAUAAUGGAGUCGCCAAACGACAACGAAAAUGAGAUCAAGGAGAAAGUUGUAACUUUCCCAGAAUCUGACGCAGUAUCUUACUAUGGCGAGAGAUCCGCUUCAAAAGGGGAUGUGGCAAAAGGGAAGCAACUCUCCCAAGCAAGCUCGGAGGCCGAUGGUAACUCUCAACAGAGGCACGUCACAACGGCACCUGAAGUUGUACCCCUGCCCUUCAAGAUUCCGAGCGAAGACGACUUGAAAUCCGUUGGCGACCGAUCUUCUGUUGCAACUUUUGCUGACGACGAAGCUAUCGCACCCGCAUCUCUCCCACGAGAUUCUCUUGUCAAGAGGAAGAAAAAUGUUUCCUCUGAGCGUCAAUUAGAGACUGGCGAAAGUACUGAAGAGUUAGUUGAGCCGGUUGUCAUUCCCCACCACGAUGAUGACCAGUCGUCCCUGGCUGCAACUGUUGACUACGACAGCUCGAGCGAUGAUGAUGCGCAUAGUUCAGUCAUUGGCAAUGAGCAAAGAAGGAGUAUUGAGAUUGCUGCGGAAUUGGGCAAUGUUGAAGAGACCGGAGAACCAGAAAAGACGGAAACAGAAAUUGCCGCUGACAACAAUGUUGGCGAGGCAGAUAAUGAGGCAUCUCAAAACGAUGCCGAGCAAAAUAUCGCGCCCAAAUCAGACACAGAACUACAACAAAAAGAUGUCGAGCCAAGCGGAAUGGAUGAGAACCAGGAAAAGGGUAAAGAGGGCUUAGAAGCUAAAACUGAAAAUGCGGCCGACGUUGACGAAGAAAAUUCGCUGCCUCGUGAGCAGGAAUCUACAGCAACUGGAAGCAAUGCGACCUCGAAUCUUGUUAGUCUGACCAAGGACCGAUUGCCUGAAUCUUUGUCCAGAGUUGCCCUUUCGUAUAGAACAAACGAGUGGACCAAGCAUCUCAGCCAUGCGGAUACCCCGGAACCUGAAGCCAUCUACAUCGAGCCAUAUGCAUCUGAACAAGAUGUUCAAGAGGUCCCUAGAUAUGUCGACGUGGAGGACCUUCAGAAGACUGUCGCUGGCGAGAUCAUCUCUCCCCCAGCCGCCAAGAUAUCGAAUUCUAAGACAACACAAGUCUCUUUUGCUCAGCCGAGCCACAGAAACGGCAAAAAGAAGCAUCGUCUUUCUAAUGUGGUUAUAUCAACCGCAGUGCCUCCAAAUGUUGCGAGCCCUAAUGGAAGCCCCGGAUCGCCCCCCAUGGAUGCCUCUCUCCAGCCGGCUUCACCAACCCUGCAACGUACUUCCACAGGAUUUGCUCCAAUUGUCGAAGAACAGGAUGGAGUACAGGCAGCUGGUGUGCCCAUUUCCGAAGAGGCAAUGCAACAAGAUCGCGUCCAAUCGAAUUCGACACCUUUCCGGCCCAUAGUGCCUCGCGUUGUGUCCUUUUCUAAUCCUAAUACCUUGCUUGGUCAACGAGAAUCUGUCCUUCGGAGUAGGUCACAGGGCAACCUUGUUUACAACGUGUCCGAGUUUCCUAUAGAUACGCAAGGAUCCGUUGGUGAUGCCGAGUCGCUCCAUAACUAUCCCGUAUACAGCCGAGUACUGAGUCCCGACCCUGAUGAUCUUCCACUCAAUCGACGGAGAGAAAUUCUACGCCAGAGUAGCAUGACAAAUCUGCCGCCAUCGAAUUUUAGACUGAAUCGCACCAGCAGUGGUGUUGAGGUUUCGGGCAAUACGCAGUUCAACUCCCAUCAGCCGAAGCGAGAAUCUAUGGUCUCAGGGGUAGCUCGAGAGACAAAGCUUGCCAACUUCAGACAGUCUAUAGCUCACGACCUUCAAUCUAUGACUCCUGGUGUACCCAGCAACAUGGGGCAAGUGCAGCGCACUAUUCUAAUGGAGAAGAAGGAAGCUGAAAUGCAGCGGAGGGAGAUGCAGAGACGCCAAAAGGAAUGGAAUGAUCGCAUGUUUGACAGUCGUAUGCGGAGUGGCGACCUCCUGGAGGCACAUCGAGAAGUCAUACGCAAGAUGCAGAGUGCUGCAAGAGAUGCAUAA